CAAUUACUCUCGCGGUUGUUAAAAUAACUAAAUGGCAACAACGUGUCCUUUCCUCUUUGAUCCAGACCAAAUGAUUCAAGCUAGUGGAGACACGGCCCCUUGGGUCCUGGGUCCAGUGACGCUGAAGCCUUCAGGGGUUUGUUAGACUCGUCCACAAUCAGGGAGGACGGUUCCGUUGAAAACAUCCACGCUUAAACGCCGCCCUCACACACUGAAAUUCAGCUUUCUCCAUAGGAUCCUAUUCUGUUUCACCCGGACAGACAUUUAGGCUCUCGAACAUAAUGUAAUCUUGAUUUUUGGGCUCAACCGCGAGGCAUAAAUGCACGAGUGGUUGUACUAAACCCAUCUCGGAUGACACGUGAACGCACCACGCACGGACACGCCCUUUCCCCUGCAUCCUGAGGACGACGCUUCGUGCGGCAUUUUGCUGUUUGCGCUAAAGUACUUUUGUCUCAAUAGUGUGAGCACGCUGAAGAGUUUGUCAUCAUCUAAGUGUUGAUUAACUGUGAACUGGUCCCAGCACGGUUUGCACUGGACUCGGCUCUAGUGUUUAGAAUCACGGGGGAUGAUGAUAGUCUUGUUGUUGCUGGGUGCCUUUGCCUGUACGGGACUCUCUUAUUUCAGUGAGGUGAAGAAAUAUGGAGAGAGCCAUUUUUUUGUGCUGCGGGCAAGGACUCACAUCUUUGAGUUCCACCCGGACUACAACUCAAACGUGACGAUCUUGUGGAAAAAGGGUGACCGUUUAAUCAAUUUGGACAAGAAUUUUUUAAUGGCCGGUGGUAUCUUUUCAAUAAAUAAGUUAACUAAGAAGAACAGUGGCCGUUAUAUAAGUUUAGACAAGGAUCUGAAAGAAAUUUCCACCUACACACUGGAAGUAAAAGGUAAUUAUCCGCCUUGGCUCUCAUCUAUUAUUUUGCAAUAUCACUUUGAUAAACUCUCCCUCUUUUAUUAUCCAGCAACCACAAGGGCCUUUGAGCAGGAACCUGGUGAUCGCUUCAGCUUCAGCAUUGACCUGGAACCAGAAUCCUGCAACAUUUACUUCUUCCCAAGCAGUGGUCGUCGGCCGAGAAUGUUGGAGAAUGAAAUAAUUCGUCAUGGUUUGCUUCAGGGGGGUUCAGAUGACCUUUUUUGCACAGGGUUUGAUUAUAGAUAUCCAUGUGGGAUUUCAAAUAACGACAUCCAGAUUUCUUGCAACGGACGCUAUGAGAUCCGAGAUCAGAAUGACAACACAGCCUUCGUGGGGUCACUGGAAAUGAAGCGAAUCACAAAGACCGUAAUACGGACACCUGGUUACAACUUCAACUUCACUUUUAAUCUGACACCAAACUCUUGCAAUAUUUACUUCCUGCCAGGAGGCGAGGAUCGGCAGAGAGACUCAGCGAUUAACUUAGUUUAUCGAGGCAUGCUGCAGGGGGGUUUGGAUGAUAUCCGUUGCAACGGGUUUGAGCUGUUAAAGCCAUGUGGGAUUUUAAAUAAGAUCCUCCAGAUGUCAUGCAACGGAAGCUAUGAGAUCAGAGAUCAGAAUGAAAACAUAGCCAUUGUGGUGUCACUGGAAAUGGAGGGUCCCGCUAUCAAUCCGCUACCUAGUAUCGGUAUUGCGGUUGCUGUCCUCUCCGUGUUUUUCUGCUGUUGCGGCAAGAUCUGCGGACGUGGAAAGAGCAAGUCCAAAGAGGAGCAGACUGAAACGGCUGCUGCCGAACCAGAGGUCCAAUACCAAGGGCGUUACACUGAGCCCAGCGGACCGAGCUCAGACCAACUCAUUGAGCCCUCUGGGACAAACCACUUCAAUCCGCCUUCUACUACUCUGAGUGAUUCGCUGGUACAUAAUGAUCUAUAUCAGGAUUUUCCACCGUCUUAUUGUGAGGUUUUACUUGAGGCACAGCAGCCAAUUGCUCCAACUGCCCCUGUCCACCAUGACCCUGAACCCAAGUUUGAAUUUAAGGGCAUGACCUUUCCCUCUACUCCCCCACUCGAGCCCGACUCAGGUCGCUCUGACGUUUAUACCUCAGACAAACUCAACUUCCUCUGAGAGCCUUAUUUCCAAAGAUACAUUGAUAUAUGUGAACACUCCUUUGUUAACAUAUUCAUAACUGGGACAUGAAAGGAUUAGUUUGAUAUUUUAGCAAAUACGGAUAUUCUCCAGUGGCUUUUAAUGCAAUAGCCAGUCUAAACCAGGGAACCAUGCAUGCCCAAUGGCACCCUAGCAAUAAGUGCACGGGAGUUUUUUUUAAAUGUUGAAGUGCCCUUUUAUCUUCCUGCCAUUUAACCCCUUACAGCCAUGUGCAUCUGUGAUGCCUGUUAUUUAUGUUUUUUUACACACAAAUCUUUCCCAAACUGUGUACCACAAAGACCCGUCCUACUCUACCUCUGAUUGGCUCAGACUUGUUGCCUUAUUUUCAGAAUUUGUUAGCUUUAGAUCAGUGGAAUGAAAAGUAACUUUGAGAGGGAAUUCACAAUAAUGUUGUACUUUGCGAGUCUUGCUUGAAUUGCUCGCUAGAUUGUCACAGGAGCCUCCUGAGUGAAUAGCUACCUCAUUCCUGCUGUUCUGUCAGGGACGUGAUUUACUGCGGAACCGGCGUUACUGUGACGACACAAACAAAAAAAGGUCCUAUGUUUCCAAAGUUAUCUGCAUUUGAAAGUCAUCGUUGCACUAGAGGUACAAUGACAUUGUCUUGAAUGGAAUUUCGCUUGCAGCUGAAGUUCAGCAAAAAAAGUUGAUACUUCCAUCGUAGCUUAGUGUGGAUUCUUCAAAAUAACUUCUACUGAGCCGUGGAUGUUAACUAAUAUUGGUAUAUAGUUUGUGUAUUUAUUUUGCUUAGGCGAGUCACAUAAAUAUAUCUGUAUGUGUAGAAGUUAUAUUAUAAGGAUUGUUUGAUGAAUACAAAUGAAGUUUCUUGUUACAUAUUUCCAAUGGUAUACAAAUAAUGCUGCACUGCAUGUAUGUCCAAUUCUUACCAAAAGUGCAUUACA